GCUUAACCUAUGCUUGUUGUUUUCCAUUCAUAUCACAAAAAGAAGGCAGCAUAUUCUUGUUUAAUCUGUGUUUUUUAGAAGUUGUAGAGUAUUUAAUCAACUAGUUAUAAAAGCUUUGUUAAACUUGUGUUGAUCAUCACUUUCAACCAUGACUGGAUUAGUUAAAGCCAAGAAAUAUGACUGGACAGACAGCAACAUGGCUCUGUUUGGCUCUGACACAGAAAAACAAGUCAAAAAGGAAUCUGCACAAACUGAGCCAGCCUGGCAGGGUGCUGGAUCUGCUCCAGGACUGAAAAUCUGGCGCAUUGAGCAAUUUGAAGUAAAAGAUUGGCCAACAUCAAAAUAUGGACAGUUCUACAAUGGAGAUUCAUACAUUGUUUUAAACACUUACAAAGAUAAAGAAAGUGAUAAUCUUCUUCAUGAUGUUCACUUUUGGAUUGGCAAAAAUAGCACUCAAGAUGAAUAUGGAACUGCUGCAUACAAGACCGUUGAGCUUGAUACCUAUUUAGAUGAUGUACCCAUUCAACAUCGUGAAUGUCAAGGUCAUGAAAGCAGCCUGUUUAAAUCCUAUUUUCCUAAUGGCAUCACUACCAUGGAAGGAGGGGCUGAAAGUGGCUUCUCGCAUGUUGCACCAGAAGAAUAUGAGGCCAGACUUUUCAAGUUUGUGAAAGAACAAAGAAAUGUUGUAGUUAGACAGAUUCCUCGCUGUCCUGCUCUGGUUGUGCCUGGUGAUGUGUAUAUCCUUGAUUUGGGCCUGAAGAUUUACCAGUACAAUGGUGAGGAAUCCAGUCCAAUGGAGAGGUCAAAGGCCAUGCAGUAUGUGGGCACCAUUAAAUCUGAAAGAGGGGAGGCAACCUCUCAAGUACUUGAAGGUGCUACAACUAGCACAGCUCAUGAAUUCUGGACAAAACUUGACCAAAGUGCAGAUGAAGACAUUGAUGAUGAUGACGAUGGCAUAGAAGACAAGAAACUGCUCAGAGUCAACACAGAUACUGCCCAGUCUGAACUUGUUAAGGAUGGUGACUUCGCACUUAAUGAUCUGAAAUCUGAUGAUGUGUUCAUCUGUGAUAGUGGUGAAACAGUCUUUGUCUGGGUAGGUGCCAAUGCUUCAGGAGCUGAGAAGAGAAAUGGACUGCCUUAUGCUCAUAACUACCUGAGAGGGAGUGGCCGUCCAUGGAGAUCUAUCACAGUUGUGAGGGAAGGCCAGAGAUGUCCUCAGUUCGACUCCGCACUGGCUGCCUAGUUUGUUACUGAGAUACAAAACUCAAAAACUUUGGCCUUAUUUUUUUUUACAAAAAAAAUUGAUCUCUUAAGUCAAAUGCAGAUCUGGUCAUUUUAAAAAUUUACUUUCUUGUCAAUUGUAUUGUACUAAAAAACUUUCUUAUUAACCACUACUUGCAUUUAUGUGAAAUAUUUGUGAAAACUAUGCAAUCUACAGGCUGGCAUUCUCAAUUAGUUGUGAGCUUAUUUUAUUGUUUAAACUUUUACACUGUACUUGUACUAUUUACCAAGAUAGUAUCUUAUAUUUUGUUGUUUGUAAGUGAAAUAUUCAAACCACAUUUUGAAAUAACUGUUAAGAUAAAGACCUAAGUUUACUAUAAAGUAUGCUGCCUACAUUUUGAUCAGAUGUUUACAAUCACUGAUAAUUCUCAAGUAUCUGAGUGAUAUUAAAUCUUGGCUGGCUUGUAAGAAAACCAGACAGGUACUAAAGUUGUGCUUAAAAUAAACAAAUACUCAUCUUUGUUUUUACUUAUUUUUAACUCUACAUUAAGGUAACCAGCAUACUUCUUUACACGCAAAUAAUUUUCGUUCAAUUUAUUUUAAAAGCUUGAUAUUGUGAUCUUUUUUUUGCAUGUUUCUACACUACUUUGUUAGAUUAAUUUUUUCUUGUGAUUUUUAUGCAAAAAACUGUAACCAAUAAUGUAUCAAUGUUUGUCUCGCUGGUGAAAGAUAUUUUAGCUAGUAAUUUUUUGUACUAAUUAAAUAAAAUAUGGGGAAAAAU